AUGGGUAGUAAAGUCUCACCACUGCUGGCAGAAGUCUUCAUGAGUGACUUCGAAGUUGCACUACAAAAAGAAAAGUAUUUCCCCAGAGUAUGGAAACGCUAUGUGGACGAUGUUUUUGCCAUUGUAAAAGAAAGACACCUCCCAAAAACACUCGAUUUAUUAAACUCUAGACAUCCCACUAUAAAGUUCACUGUCGAACGAGAAGUGGAUGGAAAAAUACCCUUCUUAGACUUGAUGAUUUCUAAGAAAAAUGAUAAUUCUCUUAAACUUGGUAUCUACCGUAAACCAACAUCCACUGAUCGCUACAUUACAUCGGACUCUAAUCAUUACGGUGCUCAGAAACAAGCAGCGUUCCAUUCAAUGGUACAUCGUCUUAUCUCUAUACCUAUGGAAAAAGAAGAAUUCUUAGAGGAGAGGGAAAAAAUCUAUGAAUCUGCCCGAAUCAAUGGAUAUGACAAAAAGUUCGUUGACAAAAUAGUUAGUAUCCAUAAGCGUAAAAAACAUAGAGAGAAUGUUACCACUCUACAACCCCAGAAAGACGACAUUGAAAGGAUCAGUAUGCCAUUCUAUCCUAAAGCCACAAACCCGAUAAAGAAAUGCCUUAGGAAACACGGAUACCACGUUGUCUUUAAAAGCAACAACACGCUGCGUGAUAUGCUCUGCAAUGUAAAAGACAGGAUUCCAGCCGAAGAUAAGUCGGGAAUCUAUCAAAUCGAUUGUAAUGAUUGCCCGGCAAUUUACAUCGGACAAACUCGCCGCAAAUUUAAACAACGUGUGAAAGAGCAUAAGAAUGCAACUGAGAACGAACGAGUGAACGAGUCUAGUGUCGCGAUGCAUGCUGCCAAUCAUCAGCAUAAAAUAAACUGGAACAGUGCUAAACUAAUAAAACCAGUGAGGAAGUCAUCGAAUUUGAACGCUUGGGAGUCGCUGCAUAUCACCACAGCUGAGCAAUGUUUGAUGAAUGAAGACGAUGCUCCGAUAAUGGGCAUGGACGAUAGAAGCGAGCUCACUUCAAACAUCACUUUUAUGUCACAUAGAUCACGAUUGAUCGUCAUCAUCGGCCGGCAUCGGCAGCAUGUAGUUGUCGUCAUCGUCGACAUAGCCGCUACCCCGAGUGCAGGUAUGUUACUGGCCAGUUGCUUUACUUCUAGCAGUUCAGUGUUCAGUCUACAGCGAAACGUCGAAAGUGAACGGUACGGCGGUCCGUUGGGCGGGUAA